AUGAGACUAAUACUUCUUCUGGCUCUUCUUCUGGCAUCAUUCACUUACGCUCAUGACGCGAGGUUCAGAUUUCUCUUGGAACCCGGCACAGAAAACUGCUUCUACGAAGAUGUGCGCAAAAUCGGAAACUUCAUAGAGUACUCCUAUAAGGUGGAGAAGGGUGGCGCUUCGGGUCUGCAGUUUGUGGUCCGAGAUCCGGCCAAAAACAUUGUCACCGAAGACAGAACCAAGCUCAAGAUCAUAAAGAAGAAAUUUUUGUCCAAGAGCUGGGGCGAGUAUCAGUUUUGCUUCCGGCACGUGCUGCCAUAUUUCCCCGAGAAGAAGAUCGAGUUCAUGUACAACUCGGUGGAGGAUCCAUUGAUGGAACCUCUUACGCAUGAACAAAAGAACCCCAUCCACCCAGGCACCAUCGAAGCCGCAGCUGAGUACGAGGGGGUCGAAGACCAGCUCACAAAGGUCGAACUGGCUGUAUCUCGAAGCUACUCGAAGUUGGACGACCUAUGGGAUCGGCUGAAUGAAGACAUCGACGUGACACACAAGGUGGCUGUCAACUUUAGCCGCGGCAACCUGGGAAUUGUGGCUCUGACCAUAUUGGUGGCUGUUACACAGGUAUAUCUCAUUGAGGUGUACAUCAUUGGCGAACGAGACGUGGACAAGAGCGCGUGA